GAUCCGUCAUAAUUCAACUUUCUUCUUGCCCUUGGUUUCUCGCUUUUGUAGUACUAGCUGGAAGGGAGAGACAUCGUGCUUGGAGCACCUUCUUUAGUAGUGGCCUAUAGUGAGGGCGUAAAGUCAACAUCAGGGCUUGCGCGGUGUUACUUUGGCUUGAUUCGGUGCUAUGACACAUCGUGAAGCGUUGGUACGUCGCUAUGUUAUGCUUGUUCUGACGCCAAUUUUUGAAUUCUUUGUACAGUGGGAGAGCGGACACGAUGAAUCUGUAGAAGUGAAUCAGAGAGCCUUGAUCGACAAGGUCCUUGCUCGAUACUCGGGCGAGUUUACAGUGUUUCGUGAACUACUGCAGAACUCGUCAGAUAGCGGUUCAAAGAGGGUCGAGAUCCAUUUUAAGACGAAGUCCUAUCUCGACAGAAAGACCGAUGAGGCUGACGCAAAUACGCAGGGAUCCGAGGAGAACUGGCGGCUUCCUGAUUUGAAAACAACUUUGAUUCAUCAAUGGACUUUCAAGAACGAUGGUAUGCUAUUCCGAGACGAAGACUGGAGUCGACUCAAGAAGAUCGCGGAGGGUAACCCGGAUGAGGAGAAAAUUGGAGCUUUUGGCGUAGGGUUCUACAGUCUCUUCUCGGUCACUGAGGAGCCAUUCGUAACGUCCGGCAGCCAAUGGAUGGGCUUCUAUUGGAAGGACAAGAAGGACCAGCUUUAUGCACGUCGUGGCACAAUACCAGAGGCGUCAGAACCGGACCCUUGGACUUCCUUCACUAUGCCUCUUCGCGAACCUGUUCCGAUGCCUACUCCAUUUGAUUUCGUUCGUUUCUUGACAUCGUCCAUCACCUUCGUAGCACAUCUCACCCAGGUCAGUGUGCUACUCGAUGGAAAGCUCCUAGCAAAGAUUCGGAGGGAAAGAGGCGUCCCCAGGACCCUGAAUAUGAAGCCAACUCUCAAGCCUGAUAGCUCUAAGAGGACCAUGCGAGUGGCUGGCGUUGAGGUUACCCCACUUCACAUCAAAGCAGAAGUCAUGCGAUGUGUAUAUGUCUCAGGAUCGUCGAAGCCGAAACGCAACAGUAUCACGAAGGCCAAUACGAUUCAGACAACUACCACGGUUGCUUCUGGCUUCUUCUCAUCCCUAUUCUCGUCCUUUGCUGCAACCCCAGCUCGAACACCUAAGCCUCUUCCUCCAGCUGACCAAGCUGCGCUUGAAGCGGAGAAGAAGGCCAAAGAUGCUGAAGAAGAGAAGAAACUGACUCAGAUGGCCGAUAGAAGUGUGGUACUCACGGUAUUCUCAGCGGACGUUAAUGUCUCGCUAGAUGAGAAGAUUAGAAAAGAACUUCUACGAGCAACCAAGAAAACCCCUCCAAGUAGGACAAGACUGGAACUCAUAUUCACUGGCAAGGAUGAGUAUGAAGCAAGUAAGAGGGAAGAUGAACAAGAGCCUGAGGCAACAGGCAGUAUCUUCCAAGGACUGAGGGCUGACAUAGAAGGGAAUGGCACUGCACGUAUCUUUAUAGGUCACACAACGGGCCAAACGACAGGUCUUGGCGGACAUAUGUCCGGUCGCUUCAUCCCUACUGUAGAGCGAGAAUCCAUCGACCUUGUCGACCGUAACGUGCGAGUAUGGAACGAGGAACUUCUUGACAUGGGUGGAUACCUCGCUCGUACCGCUUACGAAGUUGAGAUGGACAACAUCAACAAUCUAUGGACUAAUUCCACCGAAGGUGAUACUGAGACUCGGACCUGGCUGCGGGCUAGAGCAUUGCACGCACUCAAGUUCUUCACCUUCUACGCGUCCACACCUGCGCCUCAGGUAUCUACUCUUCUCGAAGAAGCGUUCUUUGCCUGUGGUAUCGCGAAGGGGUUUGCCUUCCUCGGAGCUUCAACACCACCUCCAUUCCCGAUGAUUUCGACAGCUGGAGUUUGCAAUGCGUACGACAUUCGUAUGCCCAAUGAGGCAUUUUCGUUCUUGAAACAAUUGCCGGUCAUACCUGAGGAAGUCCUAGAGGAAGCCAGGAAGAUUGUUGGGACCUUGAAAGACAGAGGGAUGAUACCAGACAUCAAUUUUUCGGACGUCACCAAAGAACUUGCGGCUAGACCCCUUCUGGAAGAGGAGCUCGUCGCAUGUCUGAAAUGGUGGAUUGGCGUGUAUACGGAAGGUAGCACUAGUGCAACUCAAAUUCAACGCGUUCGCACCGAGCUCAUUAACACUGCCAUAUUGGUAACGGGAAAGCUGGGAAGCCCGGAGGAGAAGACCAUUCCUUUGCACAGUAUCAACACUUUUCUAAACACUCGUGGAACGGGAGCACUAAUACCUACGGAUGGACCAUUACCUGACCAUCUUCUUCCUGUCAGCGUUAGCCAACGCUUCAAUCCGGUAAGUCUUGGAUCGGCGAUGGCGUGGAGAGAGUUGACCAUCCUCGAAUGGUUGCAACAUCUAUUGGAUGAGAAAGUGACAGCAGUCAAUCCCGAGUACGACCCUACGAGUUCAGCGCCGUUUGCUGAACGAUUACUCAACAUUUUGGCACGCGCCUGGCCAUCCUCGCCGAAAACGUUGAUAGACGGGAUUGUUGCCGUGCUUCGCCAGAAGGCGUGUAUACCGACGUCUAUGGGCUUGCAAAGACCCGAGGAGGCAUACUUCCAAACAGCUCAUGUUUUCUCCGAUUUGCCUAUUGUCACUUUACCUUCUGGUGCACCCGUUAGGGGCAUGCUAGAGAAAGUCUUACAAGCACUUGGAGUCCGCAAACACGUUGAUCUACAAAUUGUUUUCAAUAGAAUGAUCAAGACCGGUGAUUGGUCAACGUCAGAACUGGUGAAGUACCUCGUCGCAGUACAAUCGACGCUCUCGUGGGAAGAGCUCGAACGUUUGCGGUUGACUGCCGCAUUUCCCAUGGAGGCUGGUGCCGCCACGGACAAAGGGAAAAUCCCUCGAGGCAAGGCGAGUGAAUUAUACGAACCUGUUGACAGUCUGCGAGAACUUGGCUUGCCAAUCCUCGAUUGGGGUACAAAGACAAAAUGGCGCCCCAAUUCCGACGAAGCGAAAUUCCUCUACAAUCUCGGUCUCUUGCGGUACCCGCCCUUGGAUGUUUUGUUAGGGCUGGCGGCGAGUUCGGACAGUAAAGUCCGAGCUGUUGCCUUGCGCUAUUUCCUGGAUAAUGCGUCUACGAAAUAUGGCGAUUAUUCGCCUACAAAGUACUCUCACGUAGCAUUCGUUCCGGCUAUGAAGGAUGGUCAACGCUUCAUGGCAAAACCGACCGAGGUUUUUACCAGUAUCAUGUGGUCUUCAUUGGGCUUUGCGGUUGCUGAUCCAAAUUUGCACCGUGACGAUCUAGCGAAGUUGCAGAUCAAUGAACAUCCACCAACCUCAAUGCUCGUCAAACUGCUGCAGAAUACCCCUCCAGUGGAUGAGAAGACUGCUCAGCUUUGGUUUGAGGCCAUGGCUGGCCGUGUUUCAGAUUUCUCUUCAGCCGAGCUGAGAACACUUUCGGAGACAUCUUUUGUACCUCUGGCUACUGCGCCGGCAGGCGAAAAAUCUGGCUCGUCCACUCGAUUACUCCCUCCUAAUCAGUGUUAUUUCAAGGGACAGUCUAAUGCCCAAGUUCAUUCAAAGCUCUUUGUUUUCGUUGACUUUGGCCCUGGCAACAUCUUCCUUAGCCAAUGUGGUACAAAACAUGAGCCAUCUGUGGAGGAAAUUGCCAAGAUUCUAGUGGAUGAUCCUCGCCGGUUCUACCAACUUGCUGAUGGGCGGGAUAACUACCUCAUUGAGCUUCGCAAUAUCGCGGUCAACCGUCGCCUGAUCUCAACAGGGAUCCUAACCCGCAUGAAACGAAAUCCAAUUCUGCUAGGUUCUCGUAGAGUGAAGAAAAUCAAGAAAGACAGCAAGGACACUUUUGUAGACCUUGAUGACGAAGACAACUGGGAUUUUGAAUACGAUUUGAUGCGCCCAAAUCAAAUCGUCAUCGCCGAUGACACGAAUGCCUACCAGCAUUUCGGUGAUGUCCUUUUUGCCGCACCUCAGGAGGAUUUCCUUGAAGACUUCUACAUUGAGCUGGGUUCUCCGCGUCUGAGCAGUCUUGUCAGGGAAAAGUUCAGAACGGGCACGGAAAUACGAGGAUCCAAGAAGGCACAAGAAAUUCGCUCCCUCAUACUAGAACGUUUACCAUUAUUCUUACAUGAGCAUAGUCAUGCGAAAACAAAGGUCCCAUAUACCUGGCUCAACAACGAGCAGAACUUCGUGGUUCGGACCUUUGGAAAGAUCGCCGUAGUCAAAACUCUCAAUUUUGGACAAAUCUCCGCCUCCAAGAGUCAAGACGCGUCAGCGGUAGCUAUGCAGGAAGGUCGAGGAGCAAUACAGUUAUGGCUGUCUGGGAACGACUUGAUAGACAUGUAUGAGGUCUCUACCUCGAUCUGUCGAUUGCUCUUCGACUCGCCGAAAGCCAGCGAUGCGUUGUUGUUCAUGACGAUUCUGUCGACUGACCUUAGAGCCCUAAGACGUAGAGGAUAUAAUGUCGAUAGGAUUUUGCGCAAACAGAAAGCAGAGCGUCAAGCUGCUGAGGAUGCGGUCCGUGAACGGGAGAGACAGAUGGCAUUAGUAUCACCUUCCAAUGAAAGUGCUGUGGGAGUCGCUUCUCAGCCUACGACCCACGGACAACUAGCUGCAGACUCCAGUGUUGCUCUGCCUGUUCCGGAAAAAGGACCAAUUCCUUCCACUGCGUCAUCCGCCGAUUUACACAUAGACAGACCAGCGCCACGGCCACCAUCCGUGUUCCACAACUCCUUGAGCCACUUGAAACGCAAAUUGACGGGUCAACGUGAUGGUCAUCAAGGAAUGCCAAGUACCUCGGAUGCUCGUCCUGGCUCACCUUCUAAUUUGCGAGAUGACGCCUCCGGUAUGCUGCUUGGGUCACCUUCACCCACACCUCAACCCGGCUCUCGAACACGUACUCCCCAACCGGGGGUUACGCCAUGGUCCGCUAUAUCUGCAAAUAUCGACAUGGCUGUCAAGGCAUGCCGCGAGGAAAAUAACCAGGUCUUACACAAUCGUUCUCAGAUGCAAAUGGUCAAAGAAGCAACGAACGAGGGAUACUGUGAUAUUUCGGGUCGUGCGGGAAGUUUGACCUUACUAGGCGAAAUGGGUGGGAUGAAGGUAUUCGCUGCUCAAGAUGUGCAGAACGCCUCCUCUGUUAUGACAACAAAACAUGAUGCUCUUGCGCGGUUCAUCCAUGUUACUCGGUCAUUGAUUGGCGUGUACGGGUUGCCGCCUACUAGUGUGCAUAUCUUCGUAGAUACUGCAGGGGAAGUCAUUGCUUUCAAUCGCAAUGCAAGUCUUUUCCUCAACCUCAGAUUCUUUGAAACAUGGCAUGAUGCAGAGGUCCGCAAUGGCGACCUUUCUAAAGCCUAUAUUUCAUGGUAUUUCACCUUGGCACAUGAGAUAGCUCACAACCUGGUCCAACCUCACAACUCCGAGCACGAAUUCUACUUUUCGUCCAUAUGUGAGCACUAUUUGCCUAGCUUCAGCCGGCUAUUGGCCUCUGUGCCGCAGUAGAUCUGCGAAUUGUGUAUUAUGGGUUUUCGACGGACAUUUCUUUUACGUGCUUUGCACCCAUGGACCAUGUAUUGUAGAAAGUAGCGUAGAGCUAUAUAUUCCCCGGAUUGCGUAGUGAUUCCAGAAUGAUCGGGGCUGCGCGUAACU